GUGUGUGUGUGUGUGAAAAAAGAGGAGGAGGGGGACCUCUUUGUUCUUUGUUCUUCUUCUUCUUCUUAACAAAUGACACUUGCAUUUGCACCUAAAUCUUUAUUUAAAAAAAUCCAUUUUAAAAAAGUGAAAAAGACAGCCAUGAUGCAUAACUUUAUAUCCAACUUGCCUAAAGAACUUUUGCUCUGUAUUUAUCAGCAGUUGGAUACACUUGAAUGUACUCAAGCAUUUGCUUUAACGUGUCGUGCAUUUUACCAAGUGGCUAUUCAACCUCGAUCCAAGGCUGCAUGGAUUGUCACUCGUUUUGGCCCUCGAUUUGCUCUUUAUUAUGCCUUACUAAGUAUCCCUCAACAUUGUCAUGGGCAGUUUAUCCAUACCCUGUUUCAUUUGGGUGCUCAUUUACCGCACUGUUUGUUACAAGGUCUUUUGCAACAUUAUGGUAAACCCAUAGAGCAACAAGACCAACAAAGGCGUGGUUCUCAUAUGUUGUUGGAUACUCAUACGUAUUUUUCUCGAACAAUUCAACAACUCUCGUUUGAUGGAUUUGCUACCUUGGUUCAAAAGGGACACUUGUUGUACAAGGAUAUUCAUCCUCAACAAGACGACCUGAGUGUGUUUCUAUCUCAAGUAGAUCAUGAUCAUAUUCCGUCUACUAUGAUUCAUGAACAAUGGUUCUUUCCUGCUAUCUUUAAAAAGACAACCUUGCCUUCUCGUCCUCUCUUAAAACUGGUUCAACAGAAGCCUGAUGUAUACCAAUACGUACUGGCACCUGUAUUUGAAUUCGAUCCUUUAGCAAGGACAUGUCUUUGGGAAACAAGUCUGAAUGUGUUGUUUGAAGAAGCCUUUCGAUCAAGUGAACCUACCCAAGAAAGAAUAGCUCAACUCGAAGCUGUAGGCCAAUUAUUUGUAUCUAAAUCAAAACUACUGCCUAUGCUUGUAGGACCUUUGAAUGACCAACAGUUGUUUUGUCAAGUAUUUUCGAAUUUCUUUACAAAGUAUCCUGUGGGUUAUUGUCAAGAAAAGACAAUGAUUAAAUUACUCAAGUUAUUAAAGACAUACAUUCAGCCACAACAGUUCAAGAUGGAUAUGGCAUUAGAACAUAUUGUUCAGGCAAACAUGGCAAGAUCCGAUACAGUUGAAUCUGUGGAUCAAUUCUUAAAGAACCAUACACAUUAAGAUACCCCUUCCUUCCUUUAUGUAAAUAAAACAGACUUUAUUCUUCUUCUUCUUCUUCUUCUUCUUCUUCUACUACUAAAGUAGCACUUG